UGGGGGUCUAUCGCCCAUAGGUUGGGUUCGGCAGGGGCUUCCAUCGAGCGCUUGCGGCAGGUGCGUGUGCCCCUCUGGUUGGAGUAAGGCCACGCAACAUUAGGGGAGAUGGAAGCAGCCCCUAGGGGGGGGGGGGGUUGCAUUCCUAUGCACAGGGCCGGAUGGUCCUUCCCUGCGUGCGGAAUCCGAGGGCUUGACGGGAGACGCUUCUGAGGAACUUCCGAACAUCUGGAGACGCCUCACGCCUGACCUAUGAAAGUCAUCAAUGAUCCUUCCAUGCCCGGAGCAGGCUCUGAGCGGCGAGUGUUGUUAUAUCCAUCAGACAGGGAGGACCCUUUUCCAGGAACUAUGGAAGAGAUAAAAAUCAGUAUAGUUAAUGAUCGAACAACUGGAUUGAAACGAGAAAGAGAUGAAAUCUCAGCAGUGACUCCUUCGGCUAAGAGAUCAUGUCGUGCUGGGUUUAGUUGUAGCACACCUUCAUCUGCCUCUACCCGUAAAUGGUCCUCCCAGAACCCGGGUUUUGCAGCCUGGCAUCCGCUAGGGGAAGGUGAUGAGUUGUUGGAUGAUUCUUUAUUGGAUCUGUCCAGUGAUGAGAGUAACUCUCCCUUGGGCUUGACUCAGGAUGAAAUGGACACCUGUUUGCUGGAUGAUAAUGAUGACUCUUGCUAUGCUGCUGAACCUUCAAUAAUGUAUAAUGAGAUGCCUACAUUUGUGGUCACAUUUACACCUUCAGAGUCAAAAAAUGAAGGAAAGAAUAGUGGCGCUUCACUUUGUGAGACACUGGAGAUUGCUGACAUUUCAGCUGAAGAACUAGAGUGUGAGGGAGACAUAAGCAGCUAUGCUGCAAUGCCUCCAUCACCCUCCCAUUCAGCUAUAGACCCUGCAGGGGGGAUCGAAUCAAACCAAUCCAGUGUAUGCAACGUGAAAUCCCCUCAUGAGUUACUGGCAGCUAAAUCGGUGAUGGGCAGCCAUCUGCCAACACCACUGUCGGACCGAAAGGAAGCGCCUGCUUCUCAGCUUCCUAAGUCAUGCUCUUCACAACCUCUGCAGCCAUCCAUCUCAUUAUAUAGGAUUGAUGAUGCAGAGAAUAGGAGUGAGGACCCAGGCUUUGUUUUUGAUUGUGAUAUUGACAAUAUCUUGACAAUAAGUCCUGGGGUUGCUUUUUCAUCAGAAGAAGACAGUGGUGUACAAAUGGCAGCCAAUACCACUAAAGGUACCAGUUCACUAAUAUCAGACUCUGCAAUCCCUCCAGCGGAUUUAGAGUCUGAUCAGGUUUUAACAGUCCAUGCGGCAAGCUCCAAUACUUCAGAUGCAACUCAGAACCAUCCCCCACCUCUUAAUACAGAUAGCUUACCCAAGGUUCAUCAUCAUCAUCCACCUGCAAAACCAGAGCCCAUAAAUGAAUCUUUACCUUCCACAACUUCCCCUAUAGUUACUGCAGAGCCAAAACUGACCACUGAGUCUCCUGGAACCGAACAAAAUGUAGAGUCUGAAAAGCCAUCCAAGGUUGAAGAAAGUAACGGCGUUCAGAACGAUGAGUCUACCUCAAAGCCAACAGAUCCAACUCCAAGUGCUACUGGCAGUCAGUCCAAGAUCGUGGCCUCUUCAGCUUGUAAGAUGAACAGUUCUUCAGACCCACAAAAGAAAAAGCCAGUAAUUGCAGUUACAGCAUUACGUGGACCAUCUUUCAGAUCACAGCUAUCAGAUGUAGAAAAGAACAAUUACUGCAAUCUGGUUUUGAUACACAUUAGUGGGCAAGGAGAAUGCAACUUGGAAGAUCCUUCUCGUGAGUUGGGAUCAUUAUUGCACCAAACCAGUCUUAAGAAUCCGAACUGGAAGAACCCAUCAUUUUUCACUAAAAGGAAUCACCCUCGCUUUGGAAAGAAGCCAUCUAAAUUCUGCAGCUUAAAUCAGUGGGUGAAAAAAAAUGGAGGUGCUUAUGAACGCUUUAAGAACUUCCCAGCGACAUUCCAAAGAAGUCCAGUGCCUGAUGCUCUACCCGUCCGCCCUUCAUGAAUGCGGAACACUGUGAAUGAAGAUGUUUUGAUGUUUCCUCUUUUCUUUCUGGUUUUUGUUUUUAAUCGUUUUGAUGUUUUUGUAUUGACUGUAAUUGUUUACGCCACCAGCAGGUGUCACCUGUUGUGAUGUCCUGAGUUCUAGCUGUUUGUUCACUUCUGUGUUACCUUUUAUAAAUGAUACUCCAUGUUUUUGUUUUUAUUGAAGUUUAGCAGGGGUUUUAUGACUGUUGUAGAUUUCUGUUGGUCUCUGCUCAGUUAUAAUAAAAUUUGACA